AAAAAUAGCUGGCUGCUACCAAAAACAUGGCCAGCAUCUCUUUUUGCAAGAGACAAGUAUCACAAGCAUGAUAUGUUAUUAAACUUUGAAACUAUUUGGCUGGGAAGUGGAUGUGUUCUCUACCUCUAUCCAAGAAUGGCACCUCAGUGUCAGAUAAAUAAUGCUUAACACAGAGAGAUAAGAGAUCGUCUGGUCUUGAAACUUUAGUGAACUUAGGGGUGUCCAAAGUCUCAAAGUUUGGACAGAGACAAUCUUAAAAAAACAAAAACCAGGGGCUUUAUUCUAAAAUUGGACCUUAUUUUAACUACUUUAGCCCGCGAAAAAACCGUUGGAAAUCGUUGUUUGGUGGGAAAAGUUGACAGCAAAGGUUGCAAGAGAGAGAGACAGAGAUUGGUAAUAGGAUUGGUGUGCGUGAUCUGGGAGGUUUUUGUCAUUUUUUUUUCUUGAAGAGAGAAGAAUGUGACAAAAAAAACCCACUUUUCUUCUGAUUUCAAUCCAAAAGAAACAUUUUUUUUCAAAAAGUUUUUUUUUUUUGGAUUGAUUUCAUGUGGGUUUGAUUUUGAAGGAGCUUUUGUUGCUUAAUAUUUGUCAAUAGAAAAGGAACAGGUAUAAGAGUUGGAGAUCUUCUUGUAAUAAGGGAACAGCGAUGGACCCUCCUUCCACACCAAAAUCAAGGAGGCUCUAUCAAAUUUGGAAGGGAAACAAUAAAUUUCUUUGUGGUGGGAGAGCAGUCUUUGGUCCUGAUGCAUCAUCUCUAUUCUUGACAACAUUUUUAAUUGGAGGUCCUGCAAUAGCUUUCUGCAUAAAGAUGCUGCUGCUGAUAAUCAGAAAUGAUGAUCCACAGUAUGACUAUCCAGUACUAGUCGGGGGAAUGGUCCUCGCUAUUAUGGACUUCUUAUUUCUCUUCUUGACGUCAGGUAGAGAUCCAGGAAUAAUACCUAGAAAUUCUGAGCCACCUGAAUCAGAUGAAUCGGUUGGCAUUGCUACCCAAUCUAUGGAGUGGGUUAAUAACAAAAUUGCCGACUUGAAAUUGCAUCGUACAAAGGAUGUAGUUGUUAAUGGCCACAGUAUUAAAUUGAAGUUCUGUGACACUUGUCUGUUAUAUCGUCCGCCACGAGCUUCACAUUGCUCCAUCUGCAACAAUUGUAUUCAGAAGUUUGAUCAUCAUUGUCCAUGGGUGGGUCAGUGCAUUGGACUGCGCAACUACCCAUAUUUCAUAGGCUUUAUAUCCACAUCAACCACUUUGUGCAUAUAUGUGUUCGUGUUUUCUUGGUUCAAUGUUCUCCGGCAACAGGGAACUUUGUGGAGCAUUAUGUCUCAUGACGUUCUAUCUGUUGUUCUCAUUGCGUACUGCUUUGUAGCUGUCUGGUUUGUUGGUGGGCUUACGCUUUUCCACCUCUACCUGAUUAGCACCAACCAGACCACUUAUGAAAAUUUCCGGUACCGCUAUGAUAAGAAGGAAAACCCCUUCACCAGAGGGAUACUAAAGAACUUUAAACAAGUAUUCUUCUCGAAGAUCCCAGCUUCAGCAAUCAAUUUCCGAGAAUGGGUGUCAGAAGAUGAUGAUUCUUUAAUGGGUAGUUCAGACAUAAAUGGAAACUUCAUUGGGAAAGGGAAAUUUGACAUCGAAAUGGGAGGUAAAUUUGGCAAAGAUGGGGCCAUACAUCUUCCAACUGUUUUGCAGAAUUUGGAUUAUGGCAGUCUUAAUGAUAAUUUGAAGAAAAAGGGAGAAGGAAAAGCCGCAUUUGACCCCUUUUUCUUUCCUGCUGAUCAAGAACAAACAAAUUCACCACAGACCUCCAGGGAUAAAAGCAGUGCUGCUGAAGAUAAAAGGAAGCAAUAGCUUUUAUGAUAGCUAGACGUUCAUCCAAGGUAAAUGUAGUUCUUUUAACCUGUCCAUGACGUAUGCACUGAUGCUUUUAUGAAAGAAUAAUGUGAUCCAGAACACUAAAAUCAUAGAUAAUCCAGUAAACCAAUUCUGCAUAGAACUCAAACACCUUGGCAGCUUUGAAACAGUGCAUCGACGUCGCAUAGCAGUUGACAGAUUAAUGAACUUAAGUUUGGUGAAGAUACCAAGUAAAAUGAAAGCUUGUUGUUGUUUCAAAUGCUGUAUAGAAACAAUGAAGUAAACAAUUUCUUUUUGUUGAAUUGAAAUUCAAUCUAUUCCAUGUGUACAAAAACAAAAAGUUGAAAUGGAGGUGUUUUUCGGCAAGUCGGAUGGCUUAGAACAUAGAAGAACUGAACAGCAAUUUGCUUGAUUUUUUGUUGUUUUAUUUUUCAGACUCAAUUUUUGAGAUGUUUUUAUAUCUGGUGUACAAAUUGUUCUUAUGAAUAAAGUAGAUUAGAGUGUAAAUAGUGAACUGGGCAGUCAUUAUGGGAAGAGUAGAGGUUGGUCCAUGAAUAUACUCUGCAUUAGACUUUGCAAAUGCUACAA